AUGGCUGACAAUUCCGAAGAAUAUAAUUUCCGGUUCGAUCAUAAAAUGGAAUGUCAAGUGGACAAAACUGAGCAUUUUCGACACCAUUUGCUUUUUGCCUUUAAUCGAGGUGUUAAGGUCGCAGAAGCUACUCUUGAAAUUUGUGCUGUGUUUGGAGAGAAGGGGCAAUGCCUCAGGGUACUGCCCGCUUUUGGUUUUCAUGCUUCAAAAAUGGGAAUUUUGACCCCCAAGAACGGAUCAAACAGCGGUCGACCAACUGAAUUUGAUGAAGAGCGAUUGAAUCAACUUCUUCAUGAAAAUCCACAUCAAUCGACCAGAGAAUAG